CUUCUUUUGAAGUUCUUUGGUAGGCAGCUUUGACAGGGCGAUUGAGAAGGGUAAAUAUUGGGAAGAUGAAUGGUUGAAGUCAGUUGACAUGGAUGGUGCUUUGUCUAUAACUUAUUUACCCAAUGAGAUAAUAGAACAUAUCCUAGAAAGUGAAUGUUUAACGGCGAAAGAUUUAUGCAACUUUGAAGCAACAUGUACCAAAUUCAGAAACCUACUCAUCAACAACAAUAAGCUGUGGAAAAUCAAGUUUCAUCAAUCGUGGCCACGACUUGUCUGCAAUUCGAAAAGGCACUAUGUUGCUGAUUGGAGAGCGGAGUUCAAAACCAGACUCCACUUUGGGUGGAAGGUUAGACAACUGUUAUCACAAAUGUCUGCAAAGUUUUACAAAAAGGAGGACAUUUCUCAUGCACAGCUGUCAGAUUUUUGGGCUUUGCUGGAACAUCAUCCACAUGCUUAUCCUUUCAUGAUCAGUGAACUGAUGCUGAUACUAUAUGACCAUAGUGUUAGCACAGAUCUGACUUUGAAGUACUAUGCUGAGAAAGUUACUCGCUUGGUACGCCAAGCACAUUUGACUAAGAAGUGGAAGAAUUUCAUUGCAUUACCACCUGAGCGCCAGAUUCUGGAGCGUGGGGCGACAAUGGUAGCACAAUGGUGUCAACCUCUUAUAGAGGUUCCAUACCAGUCUAUUGCUACACAGCUUGAUUCAAUAGCUGCUCGUGCUAAAGAAGUAUUGCAAGAAGAACACCCAAAUCAUCCCCUUUUAUCAGCAUCUGUUGAGGACCUGCACCGUUUCCGGGAGUGCAAUAUUCCAGAUAAUCAGUGGAAGCCAAGUGAAUCACAAGAAGUCCUCAGUGCUGUAUGCCAUGUUCUGUUCCAGGAGAUGGGAUUCCAUGGCAACAGUACGAUGUAUUAUUCUGCAGAUAAUUCUUACAUUGACAAGGUACUGCAGUAUCGACGUGGCAUACCCAUUACUCUGAGUAUUCUGUUUGAAAGUAUUGCGAGACGCCUGGGUGUGAGGUGUGAACCAGUUAGUUUUCCUGCACAUUUCUUAUUGCGAUGGAGAGAUCAUUAUGGAACUGAUACUGCACCAGAUGGUGGUAGCCCAGUCUAUUACAUAGAUGUCUUCAAUGGUGGACAGUUCCUCACAAAGCGCAGCUGCCCUCGGUACUCAUCAGACAUCCCCUGUCCCAUGGGAGGACUUACCUUUCAAGCUGCUACUGCUCAACAGGUUGUUGAACGAAUAGCAAACAACUUAGAAGUGGCUGGCCGUCAACGCACUCACAGCAGUUGCCGCCGCAUGCGAAUGCGGAGUAACUUGGAGCUGCUUCACUUGGUUAGCCCUAGUGACCUGAGUUGCAUUCUGCAUCUGGCUCGUUACUAUAUGUUGUAUAAUAUGGAUCUAGGUGAUCUAACAGAAACCAUUGAAGCUGUUAGAGAUAAUAUGGAACGUCGCCUAAGGGAUCAAGCUGAACACAUAAUGCAGAUGUUGCAAGUUUAUGAAACACACAGAACUUAUGUCCAAAGUUCUCCUGAGACCACUGAUGAUGCUUUGACAAAAUGCAAAGCUAACUGCAUCUGGGGCAAGAAUAAGAUUGAACCAAAAUUACGUGACCCCACUGUACAAUUUGCUGUUGGAAUGAUCAUGAAGCAUCGACUCUUCAACUACAGAUGUGUAAUCUAUGGAUGGGACCUGUUAUGUAUGGAAUCAAAGGAGUGGAUUACACAGAUGGGUGUUGAUAACCUCAGCAAAAAAGCAGAUCAACCAUUUUAUAAUGUUCUUGUAGAGGAUGGAUCAACAAGAUAUGCAGCCCAAGAAAAUCUUGAGAUCUGUACGGAGCCAGCCUACAUUCCCCACUCAGAAGUUGGCCGGUACUUCGAUCGUUUUUGUGUGACAUACUUCCAACCAAACACAGAGAAGGAAGAGGAAUAUCCACAAGAUUCGGAGGUCCGCAUGCGUCUGUUGAGGGAAGUGGGUAUUCCCUGCUUGGAGCAGGCACGUGAAAUGUGAGAGAACAAAAUUCUGCAAUAGUACAAUUGUCACAAACUUGCAUUCUAUUUAUUAUGCAGAAGUCAGUUGUAAGGAUUUUCAACUGAAUUGGAUUUUUUGGUCACGAGAUUGGUGAUUUUAAGAGCGUGCAACCAAAUGAAGUUAUAUGCACUGUGCAAUAAAGUCAGCUUUUCAUACUUAGAUUAUAGUAAGUACUGCUUUGUGACUGGUCAUCCAAAUGUGAAAAUGGAUAUACUAUUGAAAAUGUUAAAAGUUAUGCCUCUUAGAAAAUUUACUUCCAGAUUUCAGAAUUUGAUUAGUGGUACACAGAAAUUGGAAGAUGGCUCUAGGCACGUUCCCUCAUUCUUUCAUCUUGUCCCUGCUUCUUCGUUAAAUGUAAAAAUAGCAUAUCCAUAUCAAUAUUUAUACACAACAGGGGUUUAGUCAUCUAAAUGCUGAAGUACUUGUCUUAAAUUUCAUAAAUAUAUUCUCCUCUUAUUUAAUGUUUAUCUUUGUGUAUUAAUUAUUCAUGUGAGAAUAUCUCCAGUGCUGUUUAUUUGCCAAAAUCAUCUAUUACAAUUCAUUAAAAAUGGUUUUCUUAAUCGGUGGUAUAAUUAUUAAACGAGCUAUUCCUGGCAUUGCAUAAUUUCAUUUCAUUAUUCUAUGAAAAGACUUCCACAAUGUUUAAAAGUGAAACAGAAGUGUUUGUCCUUCAAUAAUGUUCUUUUCCUCUUUGCAAAUUGUGUGGUAUGUGAAUGGAACACUGUAUUGGUUGCAAAAUAUCUGUGAAGUUUAUUGCUCAAGGGCUUACAUGAUGUGAUACAUGAAGACACCAUUUGUCAAAAUCAAAUUUCAAAAACAAAGAUUUCCUUGUAAUAUAUUCUAAUAGAAAAACAUGUACAGAGAACUUCAUGUAAUGAAGUGAAACAGAAGUCUGGAAGAAGCCAGGAAAUACUGCAUUGUUAUGGUUUAGUACUGCUAUGGAACCUGGUAAAACAGCAAUAUGCGUGUUUGUGUGUUGCUAAAGAUUUCCAUUUUGUUUUGAAAUUUAAAUGGUGUUGCUUAAUAUAGUAUUAGCUUUUUCUCAUGAAAUAUUAAACAGUAAAUAAAGCUUGUUUUGGUAUAAGUUAAAAGGAAUUGGGUAGAAAUGAAGGACCUGAUUCCACUGAAUACCUCAUAGUUGCUUGGAUAACUGUAAAUAUUAUUGUAUAACUUUAUUAGCUGACUGCUUUGUGUUUGAGAAGUUAUGAAUGCACAGGACAGAUAUUUUCAUUUUGUCAGUUAUAUUAACUAAUUACACUGAAGAUGUGGCAUUGAAGCCAAACUUAACUAAGAGGCCAUAGUUAUUUAAUGUUAAAUUUAUGGUUGCCAGAGUUUAUAAAUAAUGCAACAGUGAUCAUUUUGUGUGAUUAUUUUGAUAAUAGUCAGUGCUCAAGAACAGACUAUCAUGUUCACAUAGCACACCUGUUUAAAUUCUGCGUGUAUCUAUCUAGGGUAAAUAACAAUUUACAUUCUGGAAAUCUUAAUAGAUCAAAGAAAUUUUAAUACCAUUAACUGAUUCAGUAUAGUUGUUGCUGAUAUUAAAUUUGUUUCUUUCUUUGUGUGUUAAAAAGCUGCUUGCUCAUGAUUAUGCACCACAUGGAACAUGGUGGCUCGCUUAUUAUCAAGACUCACUAAAUGGCAGCAUUUCAUUUUUGUUAGUUACACUACUUUGGUUCCUUAAAAAAAGACUGAAAGAUUGUGUGGAAAUUCAACCAUAGGGAAGAAAUUUACAGAAGUUUUGUUAAUGUACAAAAAAAUAUUAUGGCUCUGUACAUGUGUAUGCAAUUUAUGAACUUCCUCUGCAAUUUUCUGUUGUCUGAAAUAAUGUAACUGGUUAAACAAGCAGAUCAUUCAUAUCUUUGAAAUAAUGGAAUUUUAUUACAAUUGUUAUAAAGUUAUUGAUGUAUGGGAGUUACUACAUGUAAGUGUACAAAAUAAAACCAGUAAUAAAUUUGUCAUUACAAAUGGAG